AUGAGCGCUUUUACCAAGUUACAGAGGGUCGCUAAUUCGGCGUUGGUGCUCCCCGUGUGCCGGUUUUCCACCUCAGCCCGCUUGGCUCGUGGCGAGGACUGGACCAGUGGCGGAAGAAACCAGCGUAAACCAAACUACAAGCAGUCAAACAACUUCAGAAAUCGGGAUGAUGAUUACAGACCUCGUGGAAAUUACAACGACCAUCGCGGCGGCAACUUCAACCACCGUAACAACAACAGAAACGACGGCUGGAAAUCCAAAGGGUUUGGAAAUUCGCGCAAUAAUUUUCGACGAUCUAGCAGUCAGGACGCAGACGACAGCAAACUUAUCGAGAGAAACCGCAGACAGAAGCAGAAGGACGAUGGAUUGAUGGGCAUGCCUGAUUAUGACCUCGAUAAGGAGUCUUUGGCUACCCUCAAGUACGAGGACCUUUUGCCCGAAGAGGACCUAGAGGCCAAAGAAGGUCUCUCUGGCGUGCCCACUGAGGCUUUGGCAGAGAAGCGUCUUCUUUUCCGUCCUCUCGUGAAUUCGCUGGUCAAGAAUCGCAGUUACGAGCGUCUUACCCCGGUCCAGGCCCGCACACUGCUUCCUAUUUUGAACAACCAAAGUGUGGUAGUUCGUGCCAAAACAGGUACAGGUAAAACUGCUGCUUUUGCUAUCCCAACAAUUCAAAAGGUUCUUGAGGCCCACCGACAGGGAAUCAACCAGGGCAAAGUCAAGGCUGUGAUUAUUUCGCCCACUCGCGAACUUGCUCAGCAAAUUGCUGAUGAAAUCUACAAGAUUGUUAAUUUUGGCGGAUUAGACGAUAUUACAGUCCAGUGCUUUGUUGGUGGCCUUUCCAAGCAAGCCCAGUUGCGUCAAGCCAAUCUCUUCGAGGGCUCGAGAAAGCCUCCCUGUGACAUUAUCGUCGCUACUCCUGGCCGCUUGAUGGACAUUCUUGAGGAGCCCGGUGUCCUUGACAAGUGCGACCAGCUUAUUUUCAAAGUCUUUGACGAAGCUGACCGCCUUUUAGAUAUUGGCUUUGAGCGUAUUUUGGGUGACAUUCGCGACAAGCUAGCCCAAGUCACUCCCAAGGACCACGAAGUCCCUCUCUUGCUGUUCUCUGCAACUGCUGAUGCUAAUGUUCUAAACUUUGCUAGAGACGAGUUCGGAUCUCGUGUCAAGGUUGUCGACACUGUGCCCAAAAACGAGCCCACUGCUAACGAGCUCGUGGACCAAACCGCUGUUGUUUGUCCCACCUGGGCUGAAGUCUAUGAAGCUACCGUUCACCGUAUUAUCACCGAUUAUGAGGCGGCACAAGCCAACAAGGAAUCUCUCAAGGCCAUUGUCUUCAUGCCCACUGUGGCUAUGGUGGACAACUUUGAGCGUAUUUUGAAGCAGGCCGUAGGCCGCACCUCUCCGCUUCGCAACCUGAUCAUGGCAAUCCACGGCCAGCGCAGCCAGUCUAGUCGUCAAGUUCGCUCAGACAAGUUCCGCAAGAUGCACGAUGCUGUUCUCAUCACCACCGAUGUUGUUGCCCGUGGUAUGGACUUCCCCAAGGUUUCUCACGUUAUUCAGUGUGGUAUUCCUCCUGAUGUUGCUUCCUACGUUCACCGUAUUGGACGUACUGCUCGUAUUGGUAACCGCGGCAAAUCUUAUAUGUACCUCACCAACCACGUUCGUGCCUAUCUCAAGAGCUUAGCUCGCGAGAAUAUCAAGCCCAAGCUGGAGACUUUCAAGCAGGACCCCGAAUUCCACGAGAAGUUCGUUUCCGUUGUUCCUAGCUCGGUUGUUGACGAAACUGAAGCUAACGAACUUAUGAACUCGUUAAUGUCCUACAUGUCCAUGCUCAAGAGUCGCUACAAUGUUUCUGCUGGUGACUUUGUCAAGGACAUGCAGCCUUUUGUGGAGCUCUACGGCCUGGAGUCCCUCGAUCUGCACCGUGCAAACAGAGAUGUUUGGAGGGAGAAGCGUAACACUCGUCGUCCUGGCUUCGGUUCAAGCAGACGGUCUCGGAUGCGUUGGUAA